AUGAAGUUUGGUAAAUAUCUCGCGUCGAGGCAAUUGGAACUACCAGAAUAUUCAGGUCAUUUUAUCGAUUACAAGGCUCUAAAAAAGCUAAUCAAACAACUAGCUAUACCGACUAAUAAGUCGGGUGGGAAUUCAGUCAGUUCGGUAAUUGCUGGAAACAAUGGUAGUCUGUCAAUUUCCGAAAUUCAACAAUCACUAAAGGAAAAUAAGGCAACUUUCUUUUUUAGAGUUGAAAGAGAAUUGGAUAAGGUCAAUUCAUUUUAUCUCGAAAAACAAGCCAAUUUGGCAAUCAAUUUAAAUCUACUUGUUUUGAAAAGAGAUGAACUUUUCGCUAAGUCAAAUGCGUUUCUUCAUCAACAUUCCCAUGAUGGAACUACUGCCAAUGUCGACUCUGCUGCAUAUUUGAAUUUUAGAAACUCAAUCUCGUUUCUUAAUUUGUAUCAAAACUUCAAGAAAAUCCAUCAGGAUCUUAUCAGGUUACAACAGUUUAUAGAGCUCAAUGAGACGGGGUUUUCCAAAGUUGUGAAGAAAUGGGAUAAGAGAUCAAAAUCACAUACAAAGGAGUUAUUUAUAAGUACUGCAGUUAGUGUACAACCCGUGUUUCAUAAGAAUGAGAUUAAUGAGUUGAGUGAUUUGGUGACACAAUCGUUGUUUGAUAUAGAGAGUAUUAUGGAUGGGGAUUACUCGUGUUUAGUCAAUUAUAGUGCCCACAACUCAGUAUCCGUUGAUUCGGAAGCUUCUCAACGUGAGUUGGCUCCAACAUCUACCGAGACACCAAGCUCACCAUCUCAGAAUCAAACACCACCAUUUAUUAGACAAACCUCAAUUCUGAUUUCAUCAAAUAACAACACCGAGGUUGAUGAAUUGUAUUCUAGUUUUGUCAAUGUUGCAACUAUUAAGGAUCCUGACUUGUCAUUACUUGCUAGAUGGGUGGAGAAACUUAAUGGAUCACCGAAACGUCCCAACGAACCAUUUGAUGCCACAGUUCGAUACAAAGCAUCAAAAAUUUUCCUAUUAUCAAUCACCAAUCUCAAAAUAUCAGAUUCAUUUUUGGAGUCAUUUUUGAAUCUCAUUAACUUUGAUAUCGACUUUACUUUUGUUAAUGACGAUUUCAACAACAACAAGACCGUUUUCCAUGAAUGUUGCUCUAUGCCGCCAGCGUCCACUCACAAUGAGAGCCACGUCGUUAUCAACAAUGGUGUUAAGGUUAUAAAUUCAAAUGACUCAAUCAAUCAUUCAAGAGUCUUUAUCGUCGAGUAUAUCAUGAAAACAUAUUCUCCACAAGAUGUAUGCAAUUUGCUUAAAAGACGCGAUUUCAAUGGACGUACAUGUCUACAUUAUGCCGCACAAAACAAUCGAAGUGAUUUAUUGGAUAUUAUCAUUGCUGCGUUUCCUUCUAAUCACAUUGACGACCUUGAUAAUGAUUCAAUGUCGCCUCUAUUGUUGGCAGUCAAGCAUGGACAUUUAAACAUUAUUAAAAAAUUGGUUCAAUUUGGAUCAAAUCCACUUCCUAGCACCAAUAAGGAAACUCUUCAAUAUUUGCCUAUAAACUAUGCAUGUAAAUUUGGAGACUACAAAAUCUUGGAAUAUUUGUUAUCCAAUGAGAAAUCAUCAGACUUGGUCAAAGUUUUAGUCAAUGAACAAGAUGUUGAAGGACUACUUCCAUUGCACGUUGUUGCUCGUGAAGGGCACUACAAGUUGAUCACUUUAUUAAUAAAGUACGGAGCAGAAGUGAAUAAAACCGAUGGGUUUAACAAGUGGACACCUAUUUUCUAUGCCGCAGCUGAAGGGCACGUCAAAACAACCCAAGAAUUGGUCAAAUUCGGGGCCAAAUUGGAUAUCUUGGAUGAGGAUGGGUUUAACGUGUUGUACUAUUGUGUGGUGGAAGGGCAUGUUGGGGUCAUUAAUGAGUUGCUUAGUUAUCACCAGAAUAUGAACACACAGGUGGACAAUCAUUUAAAUAUUGAAUCAAGCAAUAUUAUGUCCAUCCAAGGUGACCCUAUCAGAAUGAGCGAUAAUGAUGAUUCCGAAGAUAGCGGAUCUAUGGAUAAAAACAAUGUCGAUAGUAUUCCUGAUUUGCAAUUACCACCACCUAUUUUACCCUUGAGGCGAUAUGGCCAUAAUUUCUUGGAACAAAAAGUUUUGAUUGAAUUGAUUUUCCCUCAUGAUGAUCUGUCAUUUAUUAACCUAUUUAAUUCAAUCACUGAUUUGAAACCGGGUAGAAUUACAUUGACAUCGAAUAUAUCUGAUAUUGUUCCUAGAAAUAUCUUGUUGCCUUUGGAGGAUAAGAAUCAUCAUGGUGGCGCAAAUAAUAACAAUUGUGUUUUCCAAACUGAUGUUGAUUCAUUGAAUGAAUUUCGUAUUGAUUUUGAAAUUUUUCCUAAAUUUGGAACUAGAUUAAUUGCCAAAACUACGGCUCUAUCGUUUUCCCACAUCGACACCACGUCACCUGAAAUUAGCUCCAUUGAAUUACCAUUGUUUGAUUUGAGAUUGAGAAAUAUUGGCCAAUUGAAGUUUAAUUAUCAGAUAAUUUUCCCAUUUUCUGGGACUGUACUUGAAACAACUAAAUUUGACACGUAUUGGAAAUCAUCAACAAGUAUAGUCAAGAAUAAGCAAACUUUGAAAUUAAAUGCAGCAGGUGGAUUAUCUCCCAAUAACUUUUUAUCACCCAAUGCUAAUGUCGCCGUCAAUGCCAGUGGCUUAAACCAAGGUCCCAACGCACGUCCCGCACCAGUGCAACAAGAGUAUUUGCCAUCAUCAUCGUCAAUAGUGACUGCCACAUCUCUUUCUGGUGAGUAUUUAAGAAUCAGAGUUUGUUUAUUGAAUGAUGGUACUCCCGUCGUAUGCCCUCAUUGGUCAAUUGCCAUUACUGAAAACAUUGAUCUUUAUUUACCAAAUUUAUCUCUUGAGCAACUUAGUUCCAUAACUAAUGAUUUAUUUGAUUAUUCUAAAGUGAUUAAUGAUUUAUCAAAUAUGACGGUUAAAGAUAUAAGUUUGAUUAAAAAAUUGUUACGAAUCAUUUACCUACCAUUGGAUAUCGUUUUAGAGAUUUUAAGUCCUGAAGUUAACUUGAAUUUGGAGUUGAUUUUUCCGUCAUUCUAUGAAUUGGAAGUGUUGCCAUUUGUCGGCAACAUUCAAAAAAAUCUAAACAGUUUCAUUGACUUCACAUUGAAUGAUGUUUUCAAUCAUAUCAAGCCAUUCAAGUCCAAGGAAAAUCAACCUUCAAGAUCAAUUAUUCUUCUUUCGUCAAAUUCCUUAAUUUGUAAAAUCUUGAAUUGGAAACAGCCAAAUUUCCCCGUGUUUUUGAUAAUGAAUGGAAUAACAUAUAAUAAUUCACUAAAGAAAUUUGAACAACGAUCAACUAAUGGAUUGUUGAUUAAUGAAGAAACUGAUCGGAAUAGAGUCUCCAGCAAAUUGGAAUCGUCACCUUCAUCAUCUACAGAAUUGAACAAUUAUCAAGAGUUGAUUAUAAGAUCUAUCAAAGAAGCUGUCAAUUUCACCAUGAAUAAUAACUUGUUUGGUUUAAUUACCUCCAUACAUUUGCUUGAUUUGGUUCCUAAAUUGAUUCCAUUGAUACGAAGCAGAGGGCUUAUAUUAGUUGCCUCGAGUGAUACGAAUGAUCAAGAUGAUGCUGAAGAAGAUGUUUUGAAACGUGAGUUGGACUCAUACACUAAGACAGAAAUCAAUGGUUUAAGAUUUGAUGAUGUACUUAGUUUCAAACAAGAUAUCACCAUGUAG